AGAGCACGGACGUGCAGCUUCCCUGGAGGCCGAGCAGGAACAGACUCAGAAAAUCCAGAGAGCGCGGGGCUGAGGGCUGCGGUGGCCCAGUCCCUCGGCACCGGCGGCCGGGGCUCCGCGACGCCUUCCGGCCCGUCCGCGGCCGCCGCGAUGCCCGGCGGAGCCUGGGCGCUGGCGAUGGCGCUGACGCUCCUGGCCCCGGGGGACGCUCAGGAAUGCUCUCCUGGGGGACACCAGUUUCUUCGGAGUCCCUAUAGAAAUGUCCAUUUUGACUCAUUGCACCUCCAGCAGCAGCCGGCUGUUCAAGAACUGAUAUGUGACCAUUCCCUCUCCCCCGGAUGGUAUCGAUUUCUCAUCUUUGACAGACCUGCUGAGAUGCCAACCAAAUGUGUUGAGGUGAACCACUGUGGAACUCAGGCCCCCAUCUGGCUCUCUCUGAGGGAUUCAGAAACACUGCCGCCUCCUGGGGAGAUCAAGCAACUGACAGCUUGUGCCACGUGGCAGUUUUUGUUCAGCACUAGAAAGGACUGCUGUCUCUUUCAAAUUCCGGUGUCUGUAAGAAACUGUGGGGAAUUUUUUGUGUACUUACUACAACCCACUCAAGGAUGCAUGGGCUAUUGUGCAGAAGCUAUUCCUGAUGUAAAAUUACACCCAUGUGGCCCAGAUGAAAUUGAAAUGGGAGGGGGCUGUGUCCGUCAGCUGUCUGCCUCCUUGCCACCACCACCUCCAGGAAGGCCAGAGGUUAAGGUGGAAUUGAUUGAGUCCAGACUUUUCUGUAGGUGUGCUUUCGAUGUGUCCCCUGCAAACAACUCAGUGGGAUUUCUCAUAGCUUGGUCUAGGCUUUCUUCUCAAGAAAUCAAGGAGGAGCUGAAACAAGAGACCACAGUUCAGCCAUUCUCUCUUUUAGAACUUGAUGGCAUAAAUCUCAGACUUGGAGAUAGGAUAUUCUGUAGUGCUUCUGUCUUUUUCUUGGAGAAACUGCACAUACAAAGUUUAGCCGUUGAAAGCCAAGAAUUUUUUGCAGGCAUUAAGCUACAACCUGAAUUGAGCACUAUAUCAGAAGAUGGGAAAGAAUACCAGUUAAGGAUAGAGAGCACAGUUCCUAUUGUUUGUUCUGAAUUUAGUGAGCUUGAUCAAGAAUGCAAAAUUUCAUUAAAGCUGAAAACUAUUGAUCAAGGUAAAGAACACCUAGGCUUAAAUUUGGCACUGUCUUCCUGCCAUGUGGACCUUCAUCAAACAUCAUCCUGUGUGAAUGGAAGCUGCAGCCACGCUUUGGUGCACUACACAGCUGUAGCAGAUUUUUCUCGAGAUGGAGAUAGAGUUACAAACAUUGUAGUGCAACCUAUAGUCAGUGAGGAUUUCCUGUGGAACAGCUACAUUCCAGACAGCAUCCAGAUCAGAGUAAAGGAUGUCCCAACUGCUUACUGCUAUUCAUUUACUGACCCACAUAUAAUUACAUUUGAUGGCAGGGUGUAUGAUAAUUUCAAGACCGGAACAUUUAUGCUUUAUAAGAGUAUGUCACGUGAUUUUGAAGUCCAUGUACGUCAGUGGGACUGUGGAAGUCUUCAUCCUGUGUCAUGUAACUGCGGGUUUGUUGCCCAAGAAGGAGGUGAUGUAGUUACUUUUGAUAUGUGCAGUGGUCAGCUUCACGAAUCACAACCGUAUUUAUUCGUAAAGAGCCAACAUGUAACCAGCAAUAUCAAGAUUAGUGAAUCUUACUUAGGAAGAAAAGUCACAAUUUGGUUUUCUUCUGGAGCAUUCAUUCGUGCUGAUCUUAGUGAAUGGGGCAUGAGUUUAACAAUCAGAGCCCCUAGUUCAGAUUACAGAAACACUCUGGGACUUUGUGGUACCUUUGAUGAAAAUCCAGAAAAUGAUUUCCAUGAUAAAAAUGGGAUCAAAAUUGAUCAAAAUUUUAAUAAUUGUGUGGCUUUUAUUAAUGAAUGGAGGAUUCUACCGGGAAAGAGCAUGUUUGACACACUGCCAAUUUCUCUGACAUCGCCUGGAAAACUAUCCUAUUGCGGCUGCUCAUCAGACACUGCUUUAUGGUAUCCACCUUCGAAUCAUCUGGAUAGUGUUUUUCAAUCAGAAACUGCUUCAGGUUGCAAAGACCUGAAACAUGUCAGAUUCUCUUCUUUGAUACCAGAACUAGAUGUCACCUCUGAAUAUAUUAAUUCAGACACUCUCAUCAGAGGGAUAAACAAACAUACAUCUGGCGAAGAAAAUAAUUUGAAUUUACUUCCACAAGAACAGAAGAAGCAUGUAAACCUAACCAAACCGGACUUCAAUUUACAAAAACAUGCUGGGAAUAAAAAACAAGAUGCACCUAAAUACGUGGACAAUGAGAAACACAUGCAGGAUCAAGGUAGCCACAGCCGAGAAAUGAGGCGGAAUCAACACAACAGAGGAAAACGGCAAAACUUUAAUGACUUCGUUUCUUUGUUUGCUUUCCAAAGUCUCAGCCAAACUGACUUGGAAGAGUUUACUUAUUUUUUCCCCGAGGACCAUGCUGAAGAUGGCCACCAAGAAUUUGUCCCUUCGUGGCCCACACCCUCCGGCCUCACUGAACGCAGCACCUUGGCACUCUGUCAGCAGACUCUAGCCAACUCCAGCGUAGGAAGGCUGUGUCUUGCUUUUCUUGGCAAGAGACUAGACAGUGUUAUAGAUAUGUGUGUGAAGGAUGUUCUGUUAAAAGAUGAUCUUAGCUGGGCAGAAGCAGGUGUGGCCCUGUUAGAAAAUGAAUGUGAAAAAAGAAUUUUGGAAGAGGGGAAAUAUAACACAGAAGAAUACAGCAAGUCAAUUGAAGACAUUCUGUUAGUAUUAAAAUGCCCCAAUCUGUGCAGUGGCAAUGGGGAGUGUAUGGAAUGGGGCUGUGCAUGUUUCUCAGGCUUUAGUUCCUAUGAUUGCAGUGAUGUAUAUGGCAAAGCUCCUGAAAUUACAGAGCUUGAGAAUGCUGGAUUCUGUGAUGUUCAAAAAUAUAAUUGUAUGAUGGUGAGAGUGUUUGGUAAAGGCUUUAAAGAAUCACCUUCAAUUAAAUGUGAAGUUACUAAACUGAAGUAUAACAGCAGUAAAUGGGUGCUUGGAGAAUCCCUCUACACACAGAUUGUUUUUCAAAAUAGCAGAACUGUUGAUUGUCAGCUGCCCACUGAUGUUCGGCACUUUGAUAUCAUGGAUCUGAUGAGUGAGGAACCAAUUGGGAAGUGGCAAUUAAAGGUAUCUAAUGAUGGUUAUAAGUUCAGUAAUCCAAAAAUAAUGAUCAUAUAUGAUGGUGCUUGUCAAGUUUGUGGUCUCAAUGAAAAUGACUCAUGUAUUAUAAAGGAAGAUAUUUGCAUUAUCGAUGGAUUCUGCUACAGUGAAGGGGAUAAAAAUUCAACCAACCCUUGUUUGAUUUGUAGAUCGAAAAUUUCAAAAUUUAUGUGGUCAUUUUUAGAAGACAACCAACCCCCAGUGAUUCGAACAUCGCAAGACAAAUUACAGACAUUUUAUGGGGAAAACUUUGAAUACCAGUUCAUGGCCUUUGAUCCAGAAGGUUCUGACAUCCAUUUUAUGUUGGACUCUGGUCCCGAAGGAGCAAGUGUUUCCUCUGCAGGACUUUUGAUGUGGAAAACAGAGUCAGAAACUCCCCAGCAAUUCACUCUACACCUUCAUGAUGACUGCGGUGCUGAAACUAGAGUCACGAUUGAGGUGACUGUGAAGCCUUGUGAUUGCUUGAAUGGUGGAUCCUGUGUGUCUGAUAUGAACUUUCCUCCAGGAAGUGGAAUGUACCUGUGUGUGUGCUUGCCUGGCUUCCAGGGCAGUCUUUGCGAAGUGAAUGUCAGUGGCUGCCAGUCAAACCCCUGUGGCCUUGGCAAAUGUAUUAGUGGUUUUCACAGUUAUUCCUGUGAUUGUCCACCUGAGCUCAAAGUAGAAACAGAGGUUUUAAAUGAAUUUACUACACAAGCAGUGAUUCUCACAAGGUCUGACAGAAGUGUAAUUAAGGAGGAGGAUGAUAAAAAUGCCAGACAGACAGAGAGGCAUGUUAAGCCAACAAACAGAAACGCCUUUACCAUUUGUAGACACCCAUGCGGAAAAAACAGGGAGUGUGUUGCCCCAAACAUAUGCAAAUGUAAACCUCGUUACAUUGGUUCUAACUGCCAGACGGCUACAUGUCACCCUGAUUGCAAAAACCUUGGAAGAUGUAUUAAGCCUAACAUUUGUGAAUGUCCUCCAGGACAUGGUGGAGCAAUCUGUGAUGAAGAACAUUGUAACCCACCUUGUCAACAUGGUGGCACGUGCUUGGCUGGCAAUCUCUGCACCUGUCCUUAUGGUUUUAUAGGACCAAGAUGUGAAACAAUGGUUUGUAACAGGCACUGUGAAAAUGGAGGUGCAUGUCUUACACCUGAUGUUUGCCAGUGCAAGCCUGGCUGGUACGGACCCACCUGUGGUACAGCUUUGUGUGACCCCGUUUGCCUCAAUGGUGGUUCCUGCAAUAAGCCAAACAUUUGCCUCUGUCCAAAUGGAUUCUUUGGUGCACAAUGUCAGAAUGCUUUCUGUCACCCUCCCUGUAAGAAUGGUGGCCACUGCAUGAGAAAUAAUGUGUGCGUCUGUCGUGAAGGAUACACUGGCAGGAGAUGCCAAAAAAGCAUCUGUGAUCCUAUGUGCAUAAAUGGAGGAAAAUGUGUGGGACCAAACAUUUGCUCUUGUCCUUCUGGUUGGAGUGGGAGACAAUGCAACACACCUGUCUGCUUUCAGAAAUGUAAGAAUGAUGGUGAAUGCAUUGCUCCCAACAUAUGCCUUUGUCCUUCUGGCUGGGAAGGAGUGCAGUGUCAAAUACCAAUCUGCAAACAAAAGUGUCUUUACGGAGGCCGAUGUGUAUUUCCCAAUGUGUGUUCUUGCCGCACUGAAUAUACUGGAGCCAAAUGUGAAAAGAAAAUACAGAUAAAACGCCAUUGAGUAACAUCAAGGAUAUGAAUCACAAGCCUAUAUCUUAACAACUGAAACUUUUUAUUCAGAAAACGUUGAAGAUAUCUCUGGAAGUUUAUUUGAACAUCAUUUAAAAAAAUGUUUUAAAGACCAAAUAAACUAAUAAAAGAUAUAAUGAUCUUAGUGCUGUCAUUGUUACAGAAGAACAAAGAAGAAAUCUAGGUAAUCUAAAUUUGAUUUUGAGAUGUUUGCUAUUUACCUAUUGAGAUGAUGUAUCUGAUAUUCCAGCCAUUCACAAUAUUUAAUAAACUGAAUAUUUUCUCUAUCCUAA